UAGCGCCACUUACGACGAACUUCCAGAAGUGGUGAUUACGAAAAUGGAAAGUGUCCUGAGAAUCUGCUCAAAUUCAUUGCGGGGUACACUAUGUAGAUUUCAUAUUUUAUCUAAUUCACACUCGUGCAGUAACCCUUUGAAUGCUGUGGGUGCCAUGUUGACCAGGUCAUACUAUGCUGAUUGGAAGAUGAUUAGAGAUGUGAAAAGAAGACGACUUGUUAAAGAACAUCAUAGGGACAGACUACGGAUCAACUGUAUUCGCAAGAACACCAUUCUUCCUGAUGAGAUACGGGAAGUUGCAGAUCAAGAGAUAGCUAGUUUCCCUCGAGACAGUUGUCACGUUAGGAUACGUGACCGAUGUGCCAUCACUUCAAGACCAAGAUCUGUCCUCAAGAAAUGGAGACUCAGUCGUAUUGUGUGGAGAUCCAUUGCUGAUAUAGGGAACAUGUCAGGCGCUCAGAGAUCUACUUGGUAGACAGAUUACUAGAUGAUGGACUAUGAAUUGACAGGAUUGGAAGCCUUAUCAUAAUCAUUUCCUUGAUUUGUAUGGACAACAUGAAGCAUUCAAGGCAGAUUGUUGAGGUGGUUUAAAAUCGAAGUCUCUCUGCUGAGAAAUGGAAAAAUGUAUCUAUGGACAAGGAGAUAUUAAAUUCAUCCUCGAUCAUACAUGUAGUUCUUUUCACAUGUAGCUUGGUUUCUUUUUCUUGUUACCAAUGUAUUAGUGAGACCACAUGAUUUGCUCAAUGGGAAUACAUGCAGUAUGUAUGAUAAUUUAUUUGAUAUUAUUUGGAAUCAAUACAAAACUUAAAGUACACCUUAUCACUGACAUGCAGAUGGGGGGGGGGGGGUGCAUGGUGGCCAUGGAAAGAAAAGGGAAAGGGAAAAGGUUGUGUAUUUUUAUCCUGGAAUACUCUGUCAAAUAAUUAGACUUGUUUUGAAAUGGUCAAAUUUUGCCCCAUACACCAUAUUUUGCCCCCCUCAAAUUUUUUGGCAUAUUACAGCACCUUGCAUUACUGUGAAUAUUAUGUGGAGGCCUGGUGAAGGUAAGCUUCUUUCAAGUCUUUUCAUUUAUUAUCCAGAAAAUACAGAUUGCUUGUGUGCUAUUAUCCGGCAAAAUUUUAAUGGGAGGGGGUGUCAUUUUACAGUUGCAAAAUGAUAUAUAAAAGUUUAUGUAAUUUUCUCUGAACUUUUUCAUUACCUUGUACAAGCUAAUUGAACAUUUAUGAUUGCCGUCAAGUAAUGCUUGAUAUAAAUUCACUGUACAAAUGGUAUAUAUUAAAUAAAAUUACUGUAUACCAUCA